UGCGAAUGCCAAAAUAAAAAAGUUUAAGAAAAAAAGACGUGCAUUUAUUUGUGGCUGCGAAUUAUUUUUUAAUUUUCGUGAAUUUUAUUCAAGUGUUUGAAGAUAAAAUUAAAUUGCAAUGGGUGGUGCUAGAGCGCGCGGACGUGGCCGCGGUCGAGGGCGUGGCAGAGGCAAGAAGAAGGAGCCACUCGAUGGUGUUGGAGGCAUUGCAGUUGCCAACAUUGUACUCGAGGAUACAGAAAGUUCAAAUCAGCCACCAGAUGUUGGUGAAGAUGUAACAAUGCUAGAUCCGGGUAAGGAAAAUGAAGUUGAAACGCAAUCUCAGCCCUCCCAAGGCGCAGGUGAUGAUGUGCCAACUUCUGUAGUAGUAGCGCCGGCGGCAGGACCGCUAACUAAUGCAACAACGACAGUUGAAGAGCCAGCACAGCCAACAACUGUUUUACCGCAAACAAUUGACAUGGAAGCCGAUAUCUCACAACUAGAAGCGCCUACAUUCACAACCAUAUCACGCGGUCCACCUGAGCCCAUGUUACGCCUCAAAUGGGACCACAAAGUAAAUUUGAUUGGCGAAAAAGUACUGAAUCCCAUGAUACAUUGCUGUGAUCAAUGUGACAAACCUAUUUUAUUGUAUGGUCGCAUGAUACCAUGCAAACAUGUAUUUUGCUUGAAAUGUGCACGCUCGGAACCCAUUAAAACUUGUCCGCGUUGCAGUGAUAAAGUGUUAAGGGUAGAGCAAUCUGGUUUGGGCACAGUUUUCAUGUGCACGCAUGGCGGUAGCCGUUAUGGCAAUACCGGUUGCCGGCGUACAUAUUUAUCGCAACGCGAUCUGCAAGCGCACAUUAAUCAUAGACAUAUUACGCAGCCACCGGUGUUGUCACAACAACCACCAAUAUCUGCUAGUGCUUUAAGUGGAGGAGGAGGCGGCAGCGGCGGAAAUGAACUGAAGUCGUCUGAUGUAAAUAUGGAAGCUGUAUUCAAGAGUGUCAGCGGCAAUGUACAACGAAAACUUUCGGAGUCGUCCACCACUGCAACAACCAUACAAGCGCCUUCUGCUUUAUUAACACAACGACGUGCCACAACCAUUGGCAAUAUACCACCACCAGGCUCUGUCAGCUCAACAUCCACGCAAGGUUCAACUCAUUCGUCGCAUUCCUCUUUGACACAGGCCAAUAUUGCACGUAUUAAUACGGCUAACGAACAAAAUUGUCAUCAAGGCAAAGUAGCGUUACAUCAAACGCUUAAGAAAACGCCUAUAACACAGUCGCACCAUCAACCACCCGAAAGUGUGGCUGAUGCGUCUUACUAUAGCAGUGUACUAAAUUCAUUCGGCAGCAGCGAUGUGAUGGAGCAAAGUGGGGGUGGUAGUGGCAAUAUUGCAUCAACAUCACAAACAACAACGCAAAAUCCAUGGCAGGCGAAUCAGUACUAUCGAUAAAUGUGGAAUUAAAAAUGCGACUAGGAUUUAUUUUAAUUCUUGUAUGGAGCAGCAGCUGGCGGUGGUACAUGGAGUAGUUUGUAACGUAAGAAUUAUAAAUUGCAAUUUUAGUGCCGUUUUCUCAAGUAGAAGUUAGAAUUUUUCUGCCCUGCAUUCACAUUUUUUGAGAGCAAAACUUGUGUUUAAAGGUCAAAUCAAUUAUAAAACGUACUUGAGAAAACGCCCCUUAGUAUAGUAAACACUUUUUGGUAUUUAUAAACAUAGCUAUCUGAAAAAUAGUAAAAAAAAAAACAU